AUUAUAAAGAUUUUGGAUAUAUAACGUGGCGAAUUCAACAUGUUGAGUUACCGAUCCUGAGUGGGACUUUCGUUGUUUCAAUAGUAUAUAGUAUCACAUGAUGCAAUAAUUCAAACUUUAUGUCUAUUUUUUUGUAAGAGAGAUACCGAAAAGCUUUUGCUUUCUUUAUUUAGACAAAUUUUUUAUAUGGACGGUUUGGAAUUGUUCCUUGUUAGGAUUCAAUUCUAUCGUGUUUGGUACAAAAUUUAUAAAGGGAUAUGUUUUUUGAGCCAAAAUAAUAUAAUAAAACAUUACAAUUUCAUUGAGAUUUGGUUUUUGAAGUGAAAUGGUUAACGCUACAGUUGCGAGAAACAUUGCCGGCAUUUGUGGAAAUGCCAUCUCCUUGUUCUUGUUCUUAUCUCCCAUACCUACGUUCAUAACCAUAUACAAGAAGAAAAAGGUGGAGGAGUACAAAGCUGACCCAUACUUAGCCACGGUUCUAAAUUGCGCACUUUGGGUCUUUUAUGGCUUACCAAUGGUUAAACCAGAUAGUCUCUUUGUGAUCACAAUCAAUGGUACCGGUUUGGCCAUUGAGAUGAUGUAUCUCGUUAUCUUCUUCUUCUUUUCUCCAACUAGUCGCAAGGUGAAAGUGGGGCUAUGGUUAAUAGGAGAGAUGUUGUUUGUAGGAAUAGUAGCCACAUGCACAUUGCUAUUAUUCCACACACAUAACCAGAGAUCUUCUUUUGUUGGAAUCUUUUGUGUCAUUUUUGUUAGUCUCAUGUAUAUUGCUCCUCUCACCAUAAUGAGUAAGGUGAUCAAGACCAAAAGUGUGAAGUACAUGCCAUUCUCUCUCUCACUUGCCAACUUCCUCAACGGUGCCGUUUGGGUUAUUUAUGCACUUAUUAAAUUCGACCUGUUCAUUUUGAUUGGAAAUGGACUUGGAACAGUAUCAGGAGCAGUACAACUUAUACUCUAUGCUUGCUAUUACAAGACAACACCAAAAGAUGAUGAAGAUGAAGAGGAUCAUGAGGAGAAUCUUUCUAAGGCUAACUCUCAGUUACAACUUGGUGGCAACAUUGGACAAGCUAAACGUGUUUCAGCUUGAUUAUAUGUUUUAGAUUCAUGAGUUAUGAAAUUUAUUAUUUCUAUUUUCUAGCUCUUGGGUGAUUUACUAUAAGUAACCCUAUUAUAUAUAUGUCCGUUUUUGUUUUGUGAAAUUCAAACUCCUUUUAGUCUAUGAAAGAUAUUAACUAUUAUGUGCGACAAUACAAAUCGAUGUACCAU